UCUACAUCCCCGCGUGUCCCCAUCGCCAAUGGCGGCCGCCGGGGAGCCGCCCCCCGAUGAGCUGCCCGCCUGGUUCCUGGAGCUGCAGGAGCUGCAGGAGCUGCUGGUGGCAGCGGAGCCCCUCGAGCCCCCCGGGCCUGGGGGGGCACAGCAGGAAGAAGAGCCGGCCCCGCCGUGGGGUGCAGCCACAGCCCCCGUGUGCUGCGAGCUGGACGAGGCGCUGAGCACGGAGCUGCUGCAGCUGCUGGGCACGGACAGCACGGACAGCACCGUGCCGGAGCCCCCCCAGCCCCCCAUGUCACCCCCCGCGCAGGCUGAGGGGCGGCCUGUGGGGCGCGGGGCCAAGCGGAAGCGUGGGGGGGGGGAGCAGCAGAGCGAGCAGCGGCUGCGGCAGCUCAGUGCCCACAACGAGUGGCUGCGGGCCGAGGUCGGGCGGCUGAGCUCAGAGGUGCAGCGGGCACGGGCUGCCCUCAUCGAGCGCGUCCUCAGCCUCCGCCGCACUUAAUGGGAUGGGAUGGGACAGCCGGCACCUGGGGGGCAGCCCCACAGCAAGGACUUACAGCACCUUUGUACAGCAUCUGUUUUAUUACACUCGUCUCAGUA